AGACCACAGAAUCAAAGGAAACAACAUGAGUUCGCUAGCGGCGUCGUUCCUGGAGGACUUGGAUGAACUGAGUGGUAGCAGUGAAGAAGAAGAAGAGGAACUAAAUCAAAACGAAGUUGACGACGAUGUGGACAUGGACGGGGAGGAUGAAGAAGCCGCCGCUGCGUCGAAAGCGAAGCAACUGGAUCUGGAUGCGUUGCUCAAGGCAGCGGCAAACUCUGGGGCGGGGCUCGCUGCCGUCGCACAUUUGCGUCGGUCAGAGUCGUACAAGCGACAUUUGGAAUCGGUGAACAUGUACAUGCAGAAGGAAGCAACCGCAGACACGUUGACGCAGGACGCUCCGGAGUACAAGCUCGUCGUGGCAUCCAACGACCUCAUGGUCAAGUUGGACGACGAGAUUAUUGCAGUCCACCGGUUUCUUGUGGAGAUGUACGCGAAGAAGUUUCCUGAACUCGAGUCCCUCGUUCCUGGGCCGCUGGACUACGCACGCGUCGUACAGCGCAUCGGGAAUGAAAUGGACUUGACCCUCGUGGAUCUGUCGUCGCUCCUGCCCAGCGCCACCGUCAUGGGGGUGUCUGUGACAGGGUCCACGACUUCCGGAAAACCCCUUUCUCCAGCCGACCUUGCCAUCGUCGAAGAAACGUGCACCGAGCUGCUCGAACUCGACAGCGACAAGCUGCUGGUGCUUCGUUUUGUCGAGAACCGGAUGAACUUUUUAGCCCCGAACCUGUCUGCGCUGCUGGGUACGCGCAUCACGGCGCAGCUGGUGGGGUUGGCGGGCGGCGUGGACGAGCUCAGCCGUAUUCCUUCGUGCAACAUUCAAGUGCUGGGCCAGCGCAAGCAAGUGCUGUCGGGGUACUCGUCCAUGUCCACGCUCAAGCACACGGGCAUCAUUUUCGGCUGCGACCUGAUCCAGACCAUCCCCCAAGACCUCCGUCGCAAAGCCAACCGCGUCGUAGCCGGCAAAGUCGCGCUCGCAGCGCGCGUCGACUCACAGCCGCACCGAACCGCGACCGUCGGCCAUCACUUUUACACGGAGUUGCAAGACAAGUUUGAAAAGUGGCAGCAGCCACAGAAGGCCAAGACCAAGAAAGCGCUCCCUCGUCCAGACGAGAAACCCCGGCGGAAGCGCGGCGGCAAGCGGUACCGCAAGGUGAAAGAGCGCACACAACUCACAGACGUCCGCCGCGAGUGGAACCGACAAACGUUUGCCGCAUCCGGCGAGGAGUACGGGGACAACGCGAUGGGCAUCACCGUCGGCCGUCUGGGUGCCGAGGGCUCGGGCCAGCUGCGCGUGAUCAAGAAGGCGCAGAAGCAGACGCUGCUCAAGCUCAAGGCGGCCAGCUACGCGUCCCAGAAGAACCACCAGCAGUCGGGGCUGGCCACGUCGCUGGCGUUCACGCCCGUGCAAGGGAUUGAGCUCAUGAACCCAUCGGCGGCGGCUGAACGGGUCCGCGAAGCCAACAAAAAGUACUUCAACGCACAGAAUGGAUUCAUGUCCACGAUUAAAAAGAAUUGAGAGGAUACGCUUCACAUUGAAACAAAGGUAUACUUAAACUAG